AUGGCUGCUCCACUAUCUCCCCACCCUGUCUACCACGACCCCAUCCCAACAUCCCGCCGUAACUCCAGUCGCAAGACCAUCUCCUGCCUCUCACGCACUCCCUCCAACGUCGAUGCUCCUCGCACUUUCUGCCCCAAGGACGGUGAUGCAUUCAGCUACGACCCCUCUCACCUCCGCCACUGGUACUGUCCCCAAGAGCUCUGGGACCAUCUUCCCAAGCAAGUCCAGUCCUGCCUCGGCGAUGUUCAGCAUGCGGGUGCCGCUGUUCUGACUGGCUUCGAGCGUCUCGACAAGCACCUCGACAACUUUGACGAUAGUCAAGUCGACCCCAGGGCCACUGGAGACGAGCUUCUGGUCCACCUCGACGAGCUUCCGCCUCCAAAAUUCCGCACAGUCAGCAACGCCAGCAGCGUCUUCCAGUCUGACACUUCUUCGCCUCUCACCAGCGCAUCAUCCGCUUCUCAGUCAGGGAGCGCCUCUCCUUCCACUCCAGCCUUCUCUGUUUCUCAGAUCAUGUGCCCUGGUUCACCCAUCUGCUUGGGUCCUUCGGAGCUCUCCCGCUCACGUGAGCGCUCCUUCUCUACGCCGCUUAGAUCGCACGACGCCAAGUACGCCGCGGAGCUGUCGCACCUACGUACCGAGGCCCUGCCGCGUCUACGUCACAAGUCUUACAAGGUCGAGACUGAGUGGCAGGAGGCCAAGCGUGUCCCGGGCGCCAUAUCUGCAGAUGACAUCAACGCCUUCGAGAAUUUCUGGGCCGAGAAGAAGUUGCUGAUCCUCAGUCUCAAUGAGCGGGGUAAGCGUCUUGCGAGUGCCGCUGGUCUUGCUACCACCGGACUCGGCUGGUGCGCCCCGUAG